AUGGCUGGUGUUAACCACGCCUAUCAGUACUCCGUGGAAGUGAAGAGCAGGUUCUCACUGUUCCUGGACGACACUCUGAAUAGUGAAGACCCGGAUAUCCUGCUAUCCAAGUUGCAAAGUAAGCGAGGUGAAAAAACUAAAAAAGAUAAGCCUCAUUUGCAACAGCAACAUGUGGCACCUAUAAAGGUCGACACGAUAACUAAGAAUGAGGUGAAGGUCGAGACUGCAACUCCAAAACCUGGUUCUCGGGUGUCGAAAACCCCCAACUCCACAGAGCCGCCACCAGUGCCACCUGAAGACGUGCAAAUCACAUCCGCUAAAGGGACAGAUGAGCCAAUUAGCACCUUUGGUCGUGGCCCAGGAAGGGGAGCAUCUCGAGGAAUGCGUGUAGGCAGAGGGCAAGGGCCACGAAUGGCUCCAACAGAAGCACCUCAAGGUUCAGUGAGUGAUUUGAAUGCUCCCAGAAGGCCAAGCUUUGAGCCUACAGGACGUGGGAGAGGCAGAGGAAGAGAAAUGUUUGGUCGAAGUCGUGGGUUGCCAUUCAAUUCAAAUCGAGACUUCGACAAUCACGAUGGUCCAAAUGGUCAGGUUCCAAGACAAUAUGGUCGAAGAGAUGGAAAUCGGAGUUCUCAGGAUGUUGAUGGUCAAACAAUGCCUGAGAGUGGUGACUCAGAACAAGUUGUGCGUUUCGCAGACGACCGUAACGAAGUCGAGGACCAGCCAGAGCAUGGUACAGCGGAGAAUGGAGCGGGUGUGAUUGUCAGCACAGAAACCGCAGUUGAGGAAGAACCGAAAAGCUGCACAUUAGAAGAAUACAAAGCUAUGCGUCAGUCUUCCAAACCGGCCGUCUUUUUGAACAACAAAGGUCUACGCAAAGCUUAUGAUGGCAAAGAUUUGUUUGCAAACAUGGUGGCUCACAGAAAAGUACAAGAGGUUUCCAAAGAUAUCUACGAGGUGGAGGAGAAGGAAAACGAGCCUGAGGAGCAUCAGUCGAUCGACAUUGAUUUCUCUUUCGCUGACAACUUUGGAAGCCGUAGAAGAGGUGGACGAGGAUUCGAAAGCAGAGGGUUCGAUCGUGAACGUGGUAAUGCACGCGGUGCGGGACCAAGAAGUCAACGUGGGAGUCGAGGAAGAGGUCAGAUAAGGAGUGACGGGAGAGGUAGUGGUUUCGGUCGUGUUUUGCCUGUUAACGAUCAAAUUCCACCUCCAGCAAUUUACAACGGCCAGGAGUUCCCUUCCUUGAAUUGA